AUGAUACAGGGACUGUCUCAUUUCUCUCUACCUAUUUUUAUACUUCCUCUUCUGCAAGGCUUGGAGAUCACAGACCCUGGGCAAGUAGUGUACAAAGAAGACAGAAUCAGUGGAGUGGUGGAACAUGAAGUAACCUUGAAAUGUGGCCUCAGCCUGCCUGAUGUCUACAUCUGGAGUUUUACCAAACCAGGCACUGAGACGAUUCGAGCUGUUGUUUAUAAUCUUGGAAAGGGUCCGAAGCUGCAGCAACUGGCCCAGGAUUUGGGUGACCUGAACAUCACUAACAAUGCCUCACUGUACAUAGAGAAGCUUCCUAUAGCAGCAGAGGGUUUAUACACUUGCCAGGCUCUGUAUGACACUGCUGAAGGAGUGACGCUUUACUACUACUACAUAUAUCUGUGGGUUCUAGUGCCAGUCUCCAAACCAUACAUUCAGCAAAGGGCCUCCUCAGCAGUUGAGGGUUUGUCAUUUUGGAUGCACUGCAGUCUGGAGAAUGGAACAGAACCCAUACACUAUAUCUGGGAACAGGAGAACCUCAGUGGACAGAUCAGCAUAUUGGCUAAGAGCAACAGCGGUCUGAUUAACAUGACUUUGUUGACUCGUAACCACACAGGUUGGUUCUGGUGUCUGGCUAGGAAUGAGGUCAACCAGCAGCAAAGUGACCGGCUAUGGUUAGAUGUCUUAUUUGGACCUGACCUUCCACAGAUUGAUGCUACAGCAUAUUCAGUAACAUCUCAAGGAUAUUCAGUUCUGGAAAAAAGAAACAUCUCCCUCACAUGUCAAGCCUCCUCUAACCCUCCCAGCCGAUAUAUCUGGUUUUACAAUAACUCAGAGAUCUACUCUGGACCGCAGCUUACCAUCACCAACAUCCUACGUGCAGACACAGGCUGCUAUGCCUGCUUGGCUCAGAACACCUACCUUAAAACUUUUUCCCAAAAAAACAUCACUCUAACUGUCUACUACCCUCCAGAUGGUGCACCAACUUGUUCCAUCUUCCCAGUACACAACUACACUGACGUGGCCCUGUUCUGCUCAUGGAAAGGAGGUUAUCCACCAGCUGCUGUCAAAUGGAGUCCAUAUGUGAUUGGUGAGAAUGAACAGGGUGUCACCAAUGUUAUUCAGAUUCAGCCAGGUCUGGAUACUGCUAACAACUCUGUAUUCACCUGCUAUGGCUCACAUGUGGCACUCAACUUUACUCAGACCUGCAGCACCAGGACGUGGCUGCCAUAUGGAGAGCCACAGUGUUCUGCAAAUUCUAAUCGUAGUAAUGCAUACUUGAUGUUGUCGUGUUCAUGGGAGGGUGGAUUGCCUCAGGCUCUGCUAUGGUGGGCAUCCAGUUCUGGAGAGAUGCAGGGUACAUCUAAGGAAGCCAAAAACAUCAUGGUCCUUAAUUCAAGUGCUAUCUACAAUGGCAAAACCUUUGUGUGUCAUGCCAAACAUCCACUGAUUAGAGAAAGCAAGCAAUGUGUGAUCAAAUUGGAGACGGCAGUUUUAAUGACUCAGGGCAGUGUGGUGACAGUGUACGAGGGUAAUGAUGUUCAGCUCACCUGUAUUCUGCGCAAAAACAACCCACCAGUCACAGAGAUCACUUGGUAUAACAAUUCAAAGCAGAAUGUUAGUGAAGCACCCAGGAAGUAUGUCCUGCAGCAAGAUGGUACCUGGUUCAACCUGACAGUGAAGGAAACAGACAGCAGGAUGGACAGUGGAAAGUACUGGUGUUCAGCGUCUAAUGCUGUUGGAGUAGCAGAGAUCCCCAUUUCACUUCUGGUGAUGAGUUACCCAUUGCCUCCAAACAUAACAAUCAGUAAGCUCAUAUACAGUGGGCGGCAAAGAACAGGUGUUGAUAUGGAAUGGCUUAUACAGACAGAUGCCAACCUUACAGGGUUUUUCAUCGAGUAUCAGAGGCUCCUUGUCCCUGUAGGGAGGAGUGAGAUUACCCCUCCCUGGCAAAAAGUGGCAGAAAAUCUAGAUCCCAGCAUCCGCAGAUACCAGAUCACCAAUCUAGAUCCAAACAGCAUAUAUGCAUUUCGUGUAACAGCUGUAAAUUACCGAACCGUUGGAAAUCCCGCAGAGGUUACAAGCCCAGUGUCAGUUCCAGUUUCUAAACCAUUCAUCUUGCUGAGUGACUCGUCACCUUUGGAAGGUGCAUCAGUGUGGAUACGCUGUGGGCUGGACAAUGGUACAGAUCCUAUUUAUUACUUUUGGGAAAAGGAGAGCCGCAGUGGCUUUGUCCCUAUAUUAGCUGAGAGCAACAGCAGCCUCAUUAACAUUACCCGAGUGACCCGUAAUCACACUGGCUGGUUCAGGUGCCUGGCCAGGAAUGAGGUCAAUCAGCAGCGCAGCGAUGGAAUCUGGUUGAAUGUCAUAUAUGGUCCCGACCUGCCUGAGAUACAAGUCAUUGGCUACUCUGUCACAGAGAUGGGAUUCUCAGCCCUUGAGAGAGGAAAUGUUUCCCUUAUUUGCCAAGCCUCCUCUAAUCCCGCCAGUCAGUAUGUCUGGUUCUACAACAACUCCCAGGUCUUCACUGGACCACAACUUACUAUCACCAAGAUCAACAGAAUACACUCAGGAAACUACACCUGUCUUGCUCAGAACACUUACCUGAACACUUUCUCCAGGAAAACUGUUACACUCACUGUUUAUUAUCCACCAAAUGGCUUUCCAUCUUGUACCAUGUUCCCAACCAAUAACUACACUGAUUUGGCUCUGUUUUGUUCCUGGGAUGGAGGUUAUCCUCCAGCUACACUAAACUGGAGUCCAUAUGUUAAUGUGACUGGCGACAAGAAAGAAAUUACCAGUAAUAUCACUCGGAUCCAGCCAGGGUCUGAUACAGCUAAUAAUUCGGAAUUUACCUGCUAUGGCUCACAUGCUGCCCUAAACACUACCCAAAGCUGCAGCACAAGGACAUGGUUGCCCUAUGGAGAACCCAGGUGUUCUGCAAAUUCCAGUCAUAACAAUGAGUACCUGAUGCUUUCCUGCUCCUGGGAGGGUGGCUUUCCUCAGGCUUUGCUGUGGUGGGUGCCUCGUUUAGGAGACAUUAUGGGCUUAUCUGAGUUAGAUACCAGCACCUUGGUCUUGCGCUCCAAUGCAAACUACAGUGGAAAAAUAUUUGUUUGUCAUGCCAAACAUCCACUGGCUAAAGAAACCAAGCAAUGCAGUGUAAAAUUGGAGUCACCAGUCUUGAUGACUCAGCGCAGUGUGGUUUCAGUCUUUGAAGGAACCGAUGCUCUACUGACUUGCACACUCAGUAAAAACUAUCCCAUGGUCACAGAGAUCACCUGGUACAACAAUAUAAAGCAAAAGGUUUUGGACAAUGGGAGGAAAUAUAUCAUUCAGCAAGCUGCCGGAGGGGCUUUGACUGUGCGACAGACAGAUGGCAUGGUGGACAGUGGACAGUACUGGUGUUCUGCUACCAAUGCUGUUGGAAUGGCAGAGAUCUCAAUUAUGCUGCUGGUAAUAAUGCCAGUUUCCAAACCCACCAUGAUGCUGAGUGACUCUUCCCCAGUGGAAGGCACAUCAAUUUUGAUGCACUGUAUUGUGGAAAAGGGCACAGAACCUAUUAACUACACAUGGGAGCAGGAGAGCCAGACUGGGCUGAUCACAACACUGGCCAAGGGAAACAGCAGUGCGGUCAGUGUGACCCGGGUGUCCCGUAACCACACUGGCUGGUUCAGAUGCCUGGCCAAGAAUGAGGUCAAUCAACAGGGCAGUGACCGGAUCUGGUUAAAUGUCUUAUUUGGUCCAGACAUACCGCAGAUAGAUGUUGCUGCCUACUCAGUAUCAGAUCAUGGAUACACAGCGCUGGAAAAUGGAAACAUCUCCCUCGUGUGUCAAGCCUCCUCCAACCCUCCCAGCCAGUACAUCUGGUUCUACAACAACUCCCAGGUCUACACUGGACCACAACUUACUAUCACCAAGGUCAUCCGUAUGCAGGCAGGCUAUUACUCCUGUCUGGCCCAGAAUGCUAAUCUCAACACGCGCUCUAAGAAAACCAUCACUCUCGAUGUCUACUAUCCACCAGAUGGUGCUCCAUCAUGUUCCAUAUUCCCAAUAAAUAACUACACUGACCUGGCUCUUGUUUGUUCCUGGGUGGGUGGAUAUCCCCCACCGAGUCUAAAAUGGAGUCCAAAUGUGAACGGAGACAAAACACAGGAGCCUACUAACAUCACUCGAGUUCAACCAGGGUCUGAGACUUCUAACAACUCCAUAUUCACCUGCUAUGGCACACAUGUCACACUAAAUGCUCCCCAGAGCUGCAGCACCAGAACAUGGCUGCCUUAUGGCGAACCCAAGUGUUCUGCAUAUGUGACUCGUAAUAACGAGUACCUGAUGCUGUCCUGCUCCUGGGAGGGUGGUGUCCCUCUGGCUCAGCUGUGGUGGGUGUCCAGUUCAGGAGACACGCAGGGAACAUCUGAGGAAAACUCCAACAUCCUGGUCCUGCGUUCCAGCUCCAGCUACAGUGGAAAAGCCUUCAUAUGUCAUGCCAGACAUCCACUGGCUAAAGAUAGCAAGCAGUGUGUGUUAACAUUGGAGGCACCAGUGUUGAUGACUCAGCGCAGUGUGGUUUCAGUAUACGAGGGCAAUGAUGUCCAGCUGUCCUGCAUCCUGAGCAAGAAUUAUCCAGCAGUCACUGAGAUCACCUGGUACAAUAACAUAAAGCAGAAUGUCGGUGAGACACCCAAGAAAUACAUCCUUCAGCAAGCUGCCGCCUGGUAUAACCUGACAGUCAGGGAGACAGACAGCAAGGUGGACAGUGGACAGUACUGGUGCUCUGCUACUAAUGCUGUUGGAGGAGCAGAGAUUCCUGUUUUGCUCAUGGUGAAGAGAUAUCCAAUGCCUCCAAACGUGACCAUCAGUAAGAUCACAUACAGCAGUCAGCAGAGGACAGAUGUCCUGGUGGAGUGGUUGGUCCAAAGGAGUGAGGGAUUCACUGGGUUCUUCAUUGAGCGUCAGAGGCUCAGUGUAGGAAAGAGUGAUGAUGUUCCUAUUUGGCAGAAAGUAGUAGGAGACCUAGAGCCAAGCACACGUAGUUACCAGAUCACCAAUCUAGACCCUAGUGGAAAAUAUGCAUUCCGUGUGACCGCUGUCAAUUACCGAACCACUGGACAUCCAUCAGAUGUCAAGAGCCCAGCAAACCCACCAUUUAAAGCUUAUCCUGCCGUUAUCGGAGCAGCUAUUGGAGGCAUGCUUCUGGCAAUGCUACCUACAGUCCUGUUCUUCAUUUUUGUUCUGCGGAAUCGCCACAGCCAUCCUCGUCUUCAUAGCAUGAUAUUUGGGAAGGAGAACAGUCAGUCAAGAGAAAAUAUUAACUUCCCUGAGGAUGAAAUUGUUGGAGGUGCAGAGGGAGAGGGACACAAGGAAGAAACAACUUGCCCAAAUCCAAAUUACAACCAAUUUACAUAG